GGUACGCGCGGCGCUCCACACGCGAGUGCGUCGGUCGCGUUCGAUAUUUACGAAACUCGCGCCAAACACUGGCCAACUUUACUUUUGUGAAAAAUAAAACCAUGCAUGAUGGAGUGAGGGAGAGACUGCCCAUGGAGGUCAUAAAAUAGUUUCGAAUAGUAUUUAAUUCAAAAAGUUUACGCGCGUUCUAAGUUUUUUUUGUUUAAAAGAAAUUUUUGUUCGUGUUUUCAGUUUUAAAUGACAAUGAAUUUUUAUUAGGUGAUAAUGAUAGAGGUGCUGCCGCCAGUUCAGGGAGAAUGAUCCAGUCAAGGAAAUACAAGAUAGUGUAGUUAGCAGCAGCCAUGGACCCCGAGGAGAUACUGGAAGAGGAGCUGGCGGGGCUGCCCACCCCCCGCACCUCGUACUUCACCACCGGCUUCGUCCAGGACCCACGCAACCUGAGCCAAGAGCUCAACCGCACCGUCGCCGUGGCCGCCGAGAAUCUGAACGUGUAUUAUUUCUAUGAUACGAUUCAAUUCACGGUGAUGUGGGUGCUGUUUGCGGCCAUCGUGGUGCUCAACUCGUCGGUGAUCGCCGCUCUGCUCUGCACCAGUGCCCGGAAGAGCCGGAUGAACUUCUUCAUCAUGCAGCUGGCUAUAGCUGAUCUAUUCGUGGGCCUGAUUUACGUGUUUGUGGAUAUCAUCCAGAAGAUUACAAUAGCGUGGUUGGCUGGAGAAGUGAUGUGCAAGUUGGUGAAGUUCCUACAGGCUGUAGUGAUGUACGCGUCUACCUACGUGCUAGUGGCCCUGAGCAUAGACCGGUGUGACGCCAUCACCAACCCUAUGAACUUUUCAGGCAGCUGGAACAGAGCUCGGGGCCUGAUCGCGUCCGCGUGGCUCAUCAGCUUCAUAUUCUCCAUCCCGCUGCUGAUCCUGUACGAGGUGAAAGAAGUUCAAGGCAAGGACCAGUGCUGGAUCGACCUGGGCACCCCGCUGCGGUGGCAGGUGUGGAUGACGCUGGUCUCCAUGAUGAUCUUCGUGCUGCCCGCGCUGACCAUCGCCGUGUGCUACGCGGUGAUAGUGCUAACCAUCUGGACAAAGAGCAAGGCGGUGGUGAUGAGCCCGCCGAUACAAUCGUCGCGGCGGACGAAGACGCUGAGGAAUUGCCAGAUGGACAGUGACCCCGAGUCGCGUCGAGCCAGCUCCCGCGGGCUCAUACCUCGAGCCAAGAUCAAGAGUGUCAAGAUGACAUUCGUCAUUGUGUUUGUGUUCGUCCUGUGCUGGUCGCCGUACAUCGUGUUCGACCUGCUGCAAGUCUACGACUACUUCCCGCAGUCUCAGACGACCAUGGCGGUGGCCACGCUCAUCCAGAGCCUCGCGCCGCUCAACUCCGCCGCCAACCCGCUCAUCUGCUGCAUGUUCUCGCCGCAUAUAUACUCCAGUCUUAGGAGGGUGCCCCCCUACCGCUGGCUGUGGUGCGGGCGGCGGCGGCGCGCGCGCGGCACCCUGCGGUCCCGCUCCGACUCCACCGCGCACUCCGACUUGCUCAGCUCCACGCAUGCGCGAAGGACGCAUUCUGUUGCUACUACGCUGAACCGCACUAGAAGCAGCAGCGUCUCCCGCCUCCACCACGGCAACCACGACUCGCGACGAACGCAACUCCUCGUGCUGACGUCCACGAAGGAUUGACAACGAACUGACGAACUGACGUCGAAUGACGUGAUGCUCUAGUGUCAGACGCCGGUGCCGCCACAUGCACCAUGCUUCUGUUAUAAGCAUAAGAGACCUUAUAGUGGACAGUGAAGAUAUUUAAUUGAAAAGUAUUAUAAUCUGUGUGUUUCGAUAUAUGUAGGUAAAUGGUGUAUAUGGAUCCUUUUGGUGUAUCGAUACGAAUAAAUUUCGCCACUAAAGUAUUGAAAAUAAACUCUAUUUUGUAUUAAGUUUAGGUAAGAAUGUUUAAAAUAAUUAAGAAUAUUUAUAAUGCAUUUAUUUUAGUCAGUAGAACCUAGAUGCGUAGAGACCUAUUUAUUUGAUUAGUACUUUAGAAUAAUUUAGAACAUGAAUUGUUUUUAGUAGAGUUUGUGGGACAUAAUAUUAUGUAUGAAUGAUAGGAAUUUCAUCAUUGAUUUUAUAUCCACAGGACCAUUGGACAUGAUUUCUUUAUGAUUAAACGGAAUUUGUAAUAAAAUUAGGCCAAGUGUAAAAAAGUUACAAAUUAGGUAUGAAAGCUAAGUAUAAUUUGAAUUGAACCUACAGUAUUCGAUAUGAGGCUUAUUUAACUUAGGUUUAGUAACAAUAAUUAACGAAUAUAACUACAAUAUUUCGAAGAUAUAGGUAAUAGUGAAUGUAUUAGGUAUAAUAUAAAUUAUAACUUCCUAUUUUUGUAUUGUUAUGACCGUAGCUGUAAAUAAACUAAACUUAAAAAUAAAGAAACAAAAUUGUGCUGGUAAAACCUACCUAAGAAUAUUAACUUAAGUGAACAAAUUGAAAUUCCACGUUCAACAAGGUAUAAGCAAUAUUGUAUAAAAUUUUCCUCCAUAAAUGAAACGGUUUGUAAAUAUUUACAGUAACUAUACAUAUUUAUUGAAUAAAUUACUAUGUUGGAAACUUA